ACGUCUCCUUCCUCUUCUUCUACCUACGCUUCGGCAGCGUUCUCUCCCACCAAACCCUAACCCUAACCCUAACCCUAACCCUAAUAUGGCGUGGGCAACGAGGUUCCUCACGGCGGUGGCGUUCCUCGCCGUCGGCGUGGUAUUCGCCCCGGACACGGUGAUCGGGGCCUCUCACUCCUCCGCCAUCACAUCGGCCGCCAAGCUCGCACACCUCCUCUGCUUCUCCACCGCCUUCGGCGCUGCCCUGUGGGUCACCUUCAUCGGCGGCAUCAUCAUGUUCAAGAAUUUGCCGCGGCAUCAGUUUGGGAGUCUGCAAGGGAGGAUGUUUCCGGCGUACUUCACGUUGGUGUCAACGUGCGCCGCCGUGUCGGUAGCGGCAUUCGCGUAUCUUCAUCCGUGGAGGUCGGCGUCGUCGAUUGAAAGGUACCAGCUUGGGUUCUUGUUGUCCAGCCUAGGCUUUGAUCUCUCCAACCUUUUCGUCUUUACUCCCAUGACUAUCGAGAUGAUGAAGAAGAGGCACAAGGUUGAAAGAGAACUAAACAUUGGCGAAGAAGUCGGAUGGUCGAAGAACAUGGAAACCGCAAAGACUAACCCUAAACUUGCCGGAAUGAACAAGAAGUUCGGCAUGAUCCAUGGGCUAUCAUCUCUUGCCAAUAUCUUGUCAUUUGGAAGCCUUGCUAUGCACUCCUGGUACCUAGCUGGUAAAAUCAACCUUUAAAAGGUUUCGAAAUCACAUUCAAGAAUAAUAUAUAAACUGAAGAGAUUACUCUUCAUUAUGUAUAAAUAUAUACAUUAUCGACAUGUGAACCGAACAGGGCUUAGACUCUGAGAUGAUUCGGUAAUUGAUUUAAGGGAUCUGUUAAAGCUCAUGUAAUGGUGAAACAUUGAACAUGGGCAAAGUCUUUCAUUUCUGUUUCA